UCAUGUACAUAGACUGACUAAAGUAGCGGACCAUAUAUGGGACCAAAUUAUCCAAUUCAGUGCCUUUUUAUGUUCUAUCCUCACAAAUUAGGAACUUUGUUUCCAAUCUACUGUAGAACUUUAUGCUUGUAGUACCUGCUUGUUUUAUACCAUCUUUCGUCUUUUUUUACCGAGCGAGACAACAUUUGUAUACGUAUUAACAGAUCGACUGUGUUCACACAGCAUAAUUCGUUCAACAAUUCACACAAAGCAUAAUUUGUGUUGUAAUACACGGGAUGCGAGUUAAGUGUAAUUUCGACCCAGAGUCGGUCGACUUGGCGGAAAUUCUGCAGUAUGGAUGCAAACCCCCCGAUGCAUCUGACAUGUUCAAAGAGGGGGUGUUUAAAAAAAGUGGAGCACAUAAGGGGGAGGGGAAGUCUUCCAGAAGUGACCAGAUGCGAUGUUUUAGACUGAAGAACCACCUGUUGUUCUAUUACCAGCAGGAUUCCCUCCCCAUCCUGGACAAAAAUGUGGCAGGGGUCAUUGUACUACUCAAUGUGUUCAUAUCCAGGGGCCUCAUGACCUCUAUUGACAGUGACUACCCGUUUGUGCUGCGACUGAGCACAGACCAGCAGAGUAAGAUGAAAGUCUACGAGUUGAGAUCGAAGGACAUCAAACAGAGAGACGAGUGGUUCCAGGCCAUACAAAGUGUCAUCCUCAAUCCACCUGUGGGUGGGGGCACAAAUCCUCAAGGUGGGGUAAAUUGA